AUGCGUUCCAACACCCUCACCAUCAUCGCCCUCCUCGCAGCCACUGCCACCGCCGGCGUCGUGCCCUCUAUAAAACACGAUCCCAUCACCAAGCGCAGCGAAGCAACCUGGGACACCAAAGGCAACAUCAAACUCACCUUCUCCAAAGAAACCGUCCAAGUCGGCUCCAUAACCCCCGAAACAAUCAUGGCCGCCGUAGGCCCCAUCUGCCACGAAUCCGGGCAAUGCGAAACCAACCCUAUCGAACUCAGCGGCACCCUCACGAAGCCCUCGCGCAUCGACACCCUAAAAAUCAAGCUAGGCCCCGACGGCUCCUACCCAACCUGGAUCCGCAACGGCCUCGUCGACAUCCUAGCGCUAGCCGCCAAGGAAGUCGCAAAAUGCGAGGAAGUCACGUAUACGAAUCACUGCUUCGGUACCACGGCCAUGGCGUAUUGUCCGCAGAAGAAGUCAAAGGGGAUUAACUGUGAGGUGCCCAAGUUUUGGGGUAUUAAUUAUCAGGCGCCUGAUGCGGCGAAUGCGGCGCCCCCGAAUGUUGGUGUGGAUAUUGCGAUUGCGGAGACGGAAGGGAAUAAGUUGUGUGAGGAUGUUAUGGGAGGGCUUGGGGCGGUGGCGGGCGUGGUGAAUGCGUAUGCGGGGGGUGCGUUCACGCUGCUUGCUUUUGCUUGUGUUUGA